AUGGUUAGGACCAGAGGAUUAGGUUGUGCCUUAGGUCAUGUUACUGGCAGAGGUAUGGGCAGAGGAGAUCAUGAUGAUUCCAAUGAUGUUCCACAGCGUCGAUGGCCUACCGCAUCCACACGCAGGCAACGAGUACCUAUAACUACUGCGGACGAUGAGCCAGUGGUCCCUGCGACAAAGGCUGACGGAGCUUCGAUUGUGGCUAAGGUAUAUGUGGAUGAGCCAAUGGCAGGAGGUGACGUACAGGACACUGGAGCAGACACUCUUGCAGACGCAAGCGCACAGGCUGCUGAGGAUGAGCCUGAGAGAUUUUUGGGUGGUCUGAGCGACCCAUCUGUGUUGACCGAGUAUGUAGAUCACGUUACAGGCAGCGUAUGGACAGAAGAGGAGCGUCCUGAGUUAAAGUUAUCCUCUCACGGGAGGAAGGUGCACAGUUUAGGCAGGCCUAUCCUUGCCAUUGAGGGGCUAGUUGCUGGGACAGGACUAAGUCCUCUGAUCGUGUGUUCGAUAGACAUUGGAGAUCGGGGACUUUUGUCAUCGUUUGUCGAGCGGUGGCACUAG